GGCUGCUCGUCCUCAGUAUGGCCGCCUCGGGGACGCUGCUCUUGAGUGUCCGGAAGCUGCACUGCAGCGCGGCCGCUUGGGCAGGCGGCCAGUGGCGACUCCAGCAGGGGCUGGCUGCCAACCCCUCCGGCUACGGACCCCUUACAGAGCUCCCAGACUGGUCCUACGCGGAUGGCCGCCCUGCUCCUCCAAUGAAAGGCCAACUUCGAAGAAAAGCUGAGAGGGAGAAGUUUGCAGUGAGUGAGACGAGUUGUACUGCUGUCACAGGAAAUGGAUGCUGGCUUACAGGUAUGGCAACUCAGGCAGCAGAAGUUGCAGGAAGAAGAAAGGAAGCAAAGAAAUGCUCUUAAACCUAAAGGGGCUUCACUGCAGAGCCCACUUCCAAGUCAAUAAAAAGCAAGUCCUGCCUCCCUUCCCCAGCCUCUCUCUGGCUUUCCUUUCUAUCACCUAGUUGCCUCAUCCCAGCCAGAAGAGAGCCUUCAUUUUCUCCAUCUGUCUUCAGAGCAAAAGGACCCCGGCACCAGAAGGAACGGGCUGUGAGAUCACCGCCUGGGAGGUUUGGCUCAGUGCCCUCACCCUUGGCUCCAUUCCAGUUCAGCUGAAUCUCGCUCUAGGAUUCCUACCCUCUCCUUUGCAGGCCAUAGGACUGGCCAACUGUGAGCAAUAGCUGCUCUGUGAACAUGAAAAAGGGACAGCAGUUUUCCUGGUUGUAACCAGGCACUCAAGACUUUAACAGCCCAAUACACAGCUCAGGCCAAGUGCAGUUGGCAUCUAAUAAAUGUUCUGAUGAAAAAGG